AUGGACUCUCCCGUCUCCACGCCGGCCCCCCCCCCCCUCCACCUGCUGGCUGCCGUGGGCAACAGCGAGAUCGCCUCGCCGUGCGAGCAGAUCAUGGUCCGCACGCGCUCCGUGGCGGUCAACACCUCCGACGUGGCGCUGGCCACCGAGCCCGAGUGCCUGGGGCCCUGCGAGCCGGGAACCAGCGUCAAUCUGGAGGGCAUCGUG